GAUUCACUGUGGUGUUUUCACCAAAUUUUAGCACACGUGGGAGAAAGCAGAGCGAGAGCGAGAGAGAGUGAGCCUGGAAAUCUUUCCACCCACCUAAAAAGGGGAGACAAGCUGGCAGGCAGGCAUUCAUAAGCAGGCUGCCAGAGCGAGUGGCACUCAGACACCCAGGAGCGCUCCGUGAGGCAAGGUGCGAGCAAGGCAUAUAGACCACAGGGUGCACGCUCGGCCCAAGAGACAGGAGAGUCUGACUCACAGGGAAGAGACACCCGUCGAAAGACCGCACAGCGCUGCGCCGCUCUGCCUCGACAGCUCGGAUAUUACGGCGAGACGUGAGGCUGCGGAAGAAAAGGACCAGAGUGUGGAUGGAUGCCUUCUGCAGUCUCAGCGGCCUGGACCCUCUGUGGGACUGGAACCGGACAUGGUACACUCCUAAUCCAGACCUGACCCAGUGUUUCCAGAACACAAUCCUGGUGUGGGUUCCAUGUGUCUACCUCUGGGUGUGCGCACCAUUCUAUUGCCUUUAUCUCUACUGCCAUGACCGUGGACACAUCCGCGUCUCCUGUCUCUGCAAUGCCAAAAUGCUCCUGGGAUUCUUCCUGACAUCCUUUGGUUUUGUGGAGUUCUUCUAUAUUCUGCUGGAGAGAAACCAGGACAUCCAUCACCAUUUAGUGUUCCUACUCAGCCCCAUCAUUCGCAGCCUGACUGUGGUUCUGGCCGUGUGCAUUAUCCAGCUGGAGAGGAUAAGGGGUUGCCGCUCAUCUGUCUUCCUGUUCCUCUUCUGGCUCCUUGCAGUGGUGUGUUCCCUGGUGCCCUUGAGGGCCAAGAUCCAGCUGGCCAUAGAUGAGGGCUUUGCUACAGAUGCAGUGCGAUACCUGGCCUUUUUCUCCUAUUUCGCACUGCAGUUGGCCCAGCUCUUUCUCUGCUGCUUCUCCGACCAGCCCCCAAGCACCGGUAAAACUGGCCAUACCAAGAACCCCUGCCCCAUUCAAGAUGCUUCCUUCUUGUCAAAGAUCCUCUUUUGGUGGUUCAGCGGGCUUGUGGUGAAGGGAUAUCGCAAACCCCUCCAAGCUGAAGAUCUCUGGUCUCUAAGGGAGGAAGACACGUCACAGAAGAUUAUCUCUGAUUUAGAGCAGGAGUGGACAGCGGAGUGCAACAGGAUCCAACUGCAGGAGAAGGCUCUGAGCGCAGGCGUGGCCCUGGGCUCCCGACUAGCAGAUCAGGCCCAGCUCCUCAGGAAGCUCCACAAGGAGCAGAGCUCCGGCUUCUGCCUGCUCAGGACUCUGGCUCGCAACUUCGGGCCCUACUUUCUGACCGGGACUCUGUGCCUCGUAAUCCACGAUGCCUUCAUGUUCUCCAUCCCACAAGUCCUCAGUUUGUUGCUGGGUUUCAUGCGGGAUGAGGACACCCCCUUGUGGAAGGGCUAUUUCUACGCAUCUCUGAUGUUCCUGCUAUCAUGUCUCCAGUCCCUCUUCAACCAUCAGUACAUGUAUACCUGCUUCACCGUGGGGAUGAGGGUAAAAACAGCAGUGAUGGGCCUGGUAUACAGGAAGUCCUUGAUCAUCAGCAGUGCUGCACGCAAGACCUGUACUGUCGGAGAGAUAGUGAACCUCGUCUCAGCCGACACGCAGAAGCUCAUGGAUUUUGUCGUUUACUUCAACGCGGUGUGGCUGGCUCCGAUCGAGAUCACGCUGUGCCUCUUCUUUCUGUGGCAGCACUUGGGCCCAUCUGCCCUUGCUGGCAUUGCCACAGUCAUUCUCAUCUUUCCUCUGAAUGGAUUUAUUGCCAAAAAAAGAAGCAAACUGCAGGAGGUCCAAAUGAAGUUCAUGGAUGGCCGCAUAAAGCUCAUGAAUGAGAUACUGAACGGAAUCAAGAUCCUCAAGUUUUACGCCUGGGAGAAGGCUUUCCUAGAGCAAGUCUUGGGAUACAGACAGAAAGAACUUAAGGCCCUGAAGAAAUCUCAGAUCCUCUAUUCCAUUUCCGUUGCUUCAUUCAACUCCUCAUCAUUUCUUAUUGCGUUUGCAAUGUUUGGAGUCUACGUGCUGAUAGAUGAUAAAAAUGUCCUGGAUGCACAGAAGGUCUUUGUGUCCAUGGCCCUCAUCAACAUACUGAAGACCCCGCUGAGCCAGUUGCCCUUUGCAAUUAGCACAACCAUGCAGGCUGUUGUCUCAUUGAAGCGCCUCGGAAAAUUUCUUUGCCAAGAGGAACUAAAGCCAGACAGUGUUGACAAAUCCCCCUACAGCCCUGAUGCAGACAACGUAACUAUAGAAAAUGGAACUUUCAGCUGGUCUACAGAAGCUCCACCAUGUCUCAAGAAAAUCAACCUUCAAGUUGCACGUGGUUCUCUGGUCGCAGUGGUGGGUCACGUCGGCAGCGGAAAAUCCUCUCUGCUGUCCGCAGUGCUGGGGGAAACAGAAAAACGGAGUGGCAGGGUUUCAGUCAAGGGCUCCGUGGCCUAUGUCCCUCAGCAAGCUUGGAUCCAGAAUGCCGCUCUUCAAGAUAAUAUUAUGUUUGGGCGUGAAAAAAAACUGAGCUGGUACCAGCGCGUGUUGGAGGCUUGCGCCCUGCUGCCUGAUCUUGAGAUCUUGCCUGCAGGAGAUGCAACUGAGAUUGGAGAGAAGGGUUUGAACCUGUCCGGUGGACAAAAACAGCGGGUGAGCCUUGCACGUGCAGUGUACAGGAAUGCUGACAUAUACUUGCUGGACGACCCUCUGUCUGCUGUGGACGCCCAUGUCGGUCAGCACAUCUUUGACAAAGUCAUCGGGCCUAAGGGUAUGCUAAGAGACAAGACACGUGUCCUGGUUACGCAUGGGAUGAGCUUCCUACCACAGGCAGACCUAAUCCUUGUCCUUGUUGAUGGAGAGAUCACAGAAAUGGGCUCCUAUUCUGAGCUGAUGAGUCGGCACGGUGCCUUUGCCGAUUUCAUAAGGGCCUUUGCCAGCACAGAACGCAAAGAAGCCUCCGUCCAGAGAGGUACUAGAAAGUCUGCACGGCUCAGCAUGACUGACUUCAUGCCUGUCUCGCGUGACCUCUCCCAGGAACAGCUCAUUAGUGGUGACAUGGGAAACACGAGCCUACAGACUAUGGAGCCAAUACCGGAUGUGGAACAAGACCAAGUUCCAGAGGAUGUGGGAAAGCUGACCGAGGUGGACAGGGCUCGCACAGGCAGGGUGAAGCUGGAGAUGUACAUGGAGUAUUUCAAGACCAUUGGCUUGGCGCUCAUCCUGCCCAUCAUCUUCCUGUAUGCCUUCCAGCAGGCCGCCUCACUGGCUUACAACUACUGGCUCAGCAUGUGGGCGGAUGAUCCCAUUGUUAACGGGACACAGAUUGACACAGAUAUGAAGCUUGGCAUUUACGGGGCUCUUGGCUUUGCACAGGGCGUGGCUAUUUUCGGCACCACUGUGGCUAUCUCAGUGGGAGGGAUCAUCGCCUCACGUCACCUGCACUUGGAUCUCCUGAACAACGUGCUGCGCUCUCCUAUGUCUUUCUUUGAGUGCACGCCAAGCGGCAACCUCCUCAACCGCUUUUCCAAGGAGGUGGAUGCCAUUGACUGCAUGAUUCCUGAUGGGCUAAAGAUGAUGCUGAACUACCUUUUCAAGCUGUUGGAAGUCUGCAUCAUUGUGCUGCUGGCAACGCCUUUUGCAGCCGUGAUCAUCCUGCCGUUGGCACUGCUCUACGCUUUCGUUCAGAGUUUCUACGUGGCCACAUCCUGCCAGCUCCGUCGACUGGAGUCCGUGAGCCGAUCGCCCAUCUAUACUCAUUUCAACGAAACGGUGCAGGGAGCGAGUGUGAUCAGGGCAUUUGGAGAGCAGUCCAGAUUCAUUCUGCAAGCAAACUCUAAGGUUGACCACAACCAAACCUCCUACUUUCCCCGAUUCGUGGCGACCAGGUGGCUGGCUGUGAACCUUGAGUUCCUUGGCAACGGUGUGGUUCUUGCUGCUGCUAUCCUUUCUGUAAUGGGGAAAGACACUCUGAGCCCUGGCAUUGUGGGUCUUGCUGUGUCUCAUUCUCUCCAGGUGACCGGAAUUUUGAGUUGGAUCGUACGGUCAUGGACUGAUGUGGAGAACAACAUCGUGUCUGUGGAAAGGGUAAAGGAAUAUGCCGAAACACCCAAAGAGGCACCUUGGUCCGUGGAGAACAGUGCCAUCCCAGCCGCCUGGCCUCAAACAGGGGCCAUUGAAUUCCAUGACUAUGGACUACAGUACCGCAAGGGCUUGGAUUGGGCGCUCAAAGGAAUCUCAUUGCGCGUCGAAGAGAGAGAAAAGGUUGGAAUUGUGGGUAGAACUGGAGCCGGAAAGUCUUCCCUUGCCCUUGGUAUUUUUCGAAUCUUGGAGGCUGCCAAAGGUGAAAUCUACAUUGAUGGGAUCAACAUUGCAGAAAUAGGACUUCAUGAUCUGAGGUCUCGCAUCACCAUCAUCCCACAGGACCCCGUGCUAUUCUCUGGCUCUCUGCGUAUGAACCUGGACCCCUUCGACGCAUACUCGGACGAGGAGAUCUGGGCCGCUCUGGAGCUUGCCCACCUUAAGAACUUUGUGUCCGGACUGCCAGACAAACUAAACCAUGAGUGCUCAGAGGGAGGAGAGAACCUUAGUUUGGGACAGCGUCAACUGGUGUGCUUGGCUCGCGCUCUCCUCCGCAAAACCAAGAUACUUGUUCUGGAUGAGGCCACAGCGGCCGUCGACCUGGAAACGGACAACCUCAUCCAAUCCACAAUCCGCAGCCAGUUUGAGGACUGUACCGUUCUAACCAUUGCCCAUCGGCUCAACACCAUCAUGGACUAUACCAGAGUUAUUGUAAUGGACAAAGGCCACAUUGCAGAGAUGGAUUCACCAGCCAAUCUCAUCUCAAAGCGAGGCCAGUUCUACAGAAUGUGCCUGGAAGCUGGACUCGUGUGAUGAUUCCUGCCAGAGGGUCCUGGCCAGGGGAAUAUACCAGAUGUCCUGGAGCCUCGUUCUCUCUUCUGCAGUUUAACAAGGGAAAAACAGAGCUGCUCUGGUAAAGCUCAGACUGUCAUAAGGAAAAAUACGCUGAUACAAAAACACAAGCCGACUGAUAAGCUCAAAGGGUCACAUCAUUAUGGUUGCUGACAUCAGCAAAACUAGCAGCUAUGCAGUGCACAUGGAACCACAGGGACUCAGAGAGGGAGGGGACACAUUCUAGCAGGGAUUCUAGAGGGAGCUUUGAAGGCUAAUAAUGGUGCUCUUGAUAGAUUUCAGGAGAUGUUUGUUGGUGGAAUGCGUCGGUGGUCUGUCCCAAUCAUUCAGAGUCCAGGCUGGAAGGUCUAAGUUAGCAUUGAAAUAAUGACAGAUUUUCACCUUAAACAUCAGGGGAAGUGACAUACAGUCAUGUCAUGAUUUAAAUUAAAUCAGUAAAAACCAAGGUCGAACAAAAGAGCUGCGUAUCCUGUAAAUAGCUAUAUAUAAAUCCUUGAGUCCAGAUGUAGAGGUACCAGGUCUUCAAAGUGUUUAGACUGUAUGUGAAAACACGGUUAGGAGAGAACUUUCUUACUAAAGGACAUCUUGUGAAGACAGAAAUAAAUGCCCUCCACAAUAUCCUUAAUACUCAGAGAAAGUCCCAAUUUAAAUGCUUUACUCGAAAUUCUGUAGAAAAGCGGCAAUCUGUAUUACUGACUUUACUGGAAAAUGUACCCUGGUAAUAAAAAACAAACAGCGACAAGAAUCCUCACAGCUUCUCUGUUGCGUUACCAAAAAGUCGUACCCAGAGUCGUCCUAAUCUGAUCCCUGGCAAACCAUUUUACCAGUUUAUGAGUGCUGGGCAAGGAUGAAAACAUGACAAUGAGCCAAGCCUAUGGCUUCCAAGUAUUUUGUGGUGUUAGUUUAUUUUAGGUAGAGUAAACAUGUAAAAUGCUUGAUAGAGAAUGAAUGGUUGAAGGCUAUUUAACUUGAAUCUUGCACCACCACUUUUGCACUAGUUUUGAGAUCAUAAAGCAAAAGCAGUGAAAAUAUCAAAAUAAAACCAAAAAAAAAAAAAAAAAAAAAAAAAAUUCAUGCUGAAGUGAGUAAGUAUGAAUGUCUUAUUGAACAAGACGCAAGUCUUCACACUAUGUGCCUUCCCCAGGCUGGUAUCUGGCAGUUUACAGAUGUUGUAUUUUUACAUUUAUGUACAUAUCACUGUUUUCAGGCCUUUUAUUCCCGGAUUUCAAUGUAGCCCUGCAAUCCGUUUUAAACAGCAGCGGAAGGCAGGUUUUCUCAAUCAUAAAUUCACAUUGUCAUGAUUGUACUUUUUAACUGAGUAAGCUUCUUCCUAAGUUUGUGUUUUUGUCUUACUGGUAAAGACAAUGUGCAAAGAUGUUAAAAUACUUCCACAUAAUAUAAAUCAAUGUGUGCGUUUUAAUACAAAUGUAAAAAAUGAU